AUGGAGGACGACAUACUCAGUGAUAUACCCGAAGCCUUGCAACUUCGUAUCCUCUCUUCUCUUGACGUGAAACAAGCUGUUCAAACAUCGAUGUUGUCAAGAACUUGGGUUUCUUUGUGGACUAAGAUCCCAGUUCUUAAAUUCAAAUGCCUUUCUUUCAAUAACCUCGACGUGUUCAAUACAUUCGUCAACAAGGUUUUAUGUCGUCGUGAUCAUUUAGCCAAGUUGGACACGUUGAAGUUCAUCGUCCACAAAACAAGUACUCAGAUUUUAAAGAGUGUUUUUGAUUACGCGUUUUUGCAUGGUGUCAAGCAGUUGGAAGCAUCCAUUGUCUUCGGUGGAAACAUUGCAUGGCCACUUUCUGUAUGUGAUUCCUUGAGGAGUUUAAAACUGGUAUCAUGGUUUGAUCGGAUCAAGUGCCCGUUUCUACCAGGAUCCACAUCAUUCAAGAAUCUGACUGUUAUAUACCUCAAACGUGCACUCAUAACGGAUGUUGAACCAUUCUCAGGGUUUCCGAUGUUGGAGAGUUUGACAAUGGUUAGUUGUGGUCAUUCUAAUAACAAUAAAACGCUUAGGAUACACAAUCUUCGACUUUGGCAUUUGAUAAUCUCUACAGGAAUGAGCUGCUUGAAACUUGAGACUCCAAGACUCAGAUUCUUGAAGUAUCGAGGGUAUGAUUUCCCAAAACAUGAGGAUCUUAGUGUUCUUGAGACCCUAGUGAUUGGUUAUUGGGGUUUUUACAACCGUAAACAUAUUUACAAGCGUCAGGAGAAGCGAGUCUUAGAAGAUCUGCUGUUUUUCUUCUCUGGUCUUCAUAAUGUCAAAUCGUUAACGCUAUACUCGCCUAUUGCUCUUCUUCUAUAUUUCUAUCCAGAUGAGUUGGUGAAGCGUAGUUCACCCUUUCGGAUGUUGAAGAACGUGAAGCUGGAAUUUCCGGUUCAUUGUGGUCGAGCGAUUGACGUAUGUGACGACUCAUGUAAGGAAUCGGUGUUUAAAUGUGUGAAAGAUUACUUGCUUCAGCAUGUUUCUGAUGCCGAAUUUACGAUCACUCUUCUUAAAGCCGAUGAAUGGUACGAUGAUGAUAUUUGA